AUGGGUCCCCAUCCACUGGGGAGGUUUCGAUGGAUCUCUUUCGUCAACCUGAACAAGAUCCCGCCCACGUCCCAAGCCUUCGGGAUUUGUUUGGGAAAAUGUCUGUCAUGGCCCAGCCCGCCACCACGACACCAUGGGGACAUGGAAUGGGGAGCCGCUCUUGAAGCGACCUGUGCACGGAAAAAGAAGACAAAUGAGAGGGACCCCCGGAAUUUAUCCGUUCCCUCGGGUGAGGAGAGCCAUAUUGUCGGGAAGCAGCCCUUCAUAACUAUCGAGCCAUCUGCUUCAGGAGACGUUAGGCCCCUGAACCCCGUUGACGGGAGGCUGGUCCACACUCUGUACGGUUUAAAACCGUCUUUGUCUGCGUGCCAGGAGCCUGAAAGACAUUAUGCGCGCCGCGGGUCAGUCUGGGACGACCAGUGGUCCAUUACGGUCAAGGUGACCAGAAAGGCGGACAGCCAUGAACUCGACCAGUCAGAUACGAUAUGGAAUGUGUUCAUGGGUUUAAAUCGCAUCGACUUUUCCUUCAUGUCGUUGGUAGGCCUUGUGCAGCCUCUUCUUGAACCUUUCGGUGGCGGGCAACCCUGUUCAAAUAUGCAGACCGCAUUCACGAACCGAAUGCCUGUAAUUAUGGCAUAA